GAAGUACGCGUGUGCAAUAACUCACUUCGCCUUUGCACUCCUAAACCGCGCGAUUUAAUAAAAAACACUUUUGCAAAGGGUUAAGUCUACAAAACUUAGUCCGUUCUGUUCAUAACAGAUUUUAGUUUUGGGAACCGAAAACUGUAUUGACAUCAAAUGUUUAGUUGAUGAGAAGAUUUGCAGAAUGCCGGCCAAAAUCCAUCUCGUUCUAUCGUCUCCCACUGCCCGCCAGUGGACUUCCACUCACUACCAUAUUUGGUAGUGAGUAGAAACGCCAACCGGAUGCUUCACAUUUAUACGUCCAGAGAAAUAUCUGUCUCAUUGUUCUAUCUGUGACAAAACAUUUUACCAGCAUGGAGAACGAGCCACGAAAAAGAGUCGCUCGCUCUUCAAAACCAGGCAAAAGGGAUGGGAAGAGUGUAAAAGAAGCACAGGCCGCUGCAGAGGAAGCAAGAAGGAGAGAGGCCGUGAGGGAGACCCUGAGAGAAAAGCUGGAUCUGGAGAAGAGGGCUCUGCAGGUGGUGGAGCGUCUCUUGGAGGACAGCGUAGCAGACGACUUCCUGGUUGACUGUGCAAGGUUGAUCACUGCUGCCAAUUACAAAGACACAGUUGAGGAGAGGUCCAUUGUGAAGCUGUGCGGUUAUCCUGUCUGUUCAAACAAACUGGGCAAGGUCUCCACUCAACAGUUCAAAAUUUCCACCAAAACCAAUAAAGUAUAUGACAUCACGGAACGCAAGAGCUUCUGCAGUAACUUCUGCUACAAAGCCUCCAAGUCCUUUGAGCUGCAGAUAUCAAAGAGCCCUCUGUGGCUGAGGCAUCACGAGAGCCCCCCAGAUGUGAAAUUAAUGAAGAAAGGAGAUGGCGGUUGCACCGGAGAGGAGGUGAGGCUGGCUGAGAGGCGUCUCAGAGAGGACGAUGUGGAGAACCCCCUUCCCUUGGACUUCGUGUCCCCCGAGGCCCCAGAGGACCCCAGGCGCUCCCCUACAGCCGGCCACAGCGACGACAGCGACGCAGAACACGACUUUGUCUCAAGCGUGGUCUCCCAGCGACGGGGACCCAGGGUGCACUGGGGCGAUCUGCCCAAGCGCGCCGCCGAAGGGGAGGGUAGGGAACCUGGAGAGGGGGAGGACAGGGAGAGAAGGUCGGGAGGGAAGGACACAACGGUGCCCAAGCAAAUACAAACAAACGAGGUGGAAGACAAGGAGGAGAACACAGAAGAAUCACAGAAAGCACAAAGGAAGCCAAGCAAUGGGACAGAUGGACGCCAACAGCACACCACAGAUACGAACCACCAGAGUGAGCAGCAAUCUUUCCUGGGAGAGAGAGGGUCGCCAGAGGGCCAGUCUAUGGAGGAAGCUGCAGAGCUAUUGAGCCAAGUUACAAUACAGGAUCGAGACCCAGCCACAGCUACGUCUUCUGCACUAACAGCCUACAGUGUACAGAAUCAAGAACCAGCUCCAAACCCCAGUCCACAGGGGGACCCAGCACAGCCCACCCAGCCUGGCAUCAACAUCACCCAGGUGGGCAUGAGCAGAAGGGGAGCCCGGGGGCUCCUCAAGGGCCACGAAGCCGGGACUAAACCUGUCUCGGUCCGGCUGAACCUUCUAGAAGGCCUAAGGAGGACCUUCACUGAAUGGAUGACUGAGGAGACUAUGAAGUUCCUAUAUGGCCCAGACCACUUUAGUAAAACACUGAUAGAAACAAAGAAGGAGGAGGAAGAGGAGCUAGAUGAAGAUGACUUGGAGGACAUUGUGAAGGAUGGUGGGGAGGGACGUGAGACUGACUCCCAAGGGGGUCCAGGAAGGCCCUUGGCCCCGGCCCCAGACUACGACACCCUACGCAGGGAGACAGAGGAGAUGGGGCUGAGGGUGAGGGAGUUCUACGAAGGGACGAAGGAAGUCCAGCGGGUGUCAGGGAAACAACAUGCCAGAGGCGGAGACUCAGAGAACCAGGGUGGGGCACUCCCGUUGGUUGACUCCCAUGCCCAGCACCUCAUCCAGAAACGGAUUACAGUGGAGAAGCUCACUAAAGGCCUGAGAGACAUCGUGGGUCCUCUGCGUCUCACCAUGACUGACGUCUCCAGUGACCUCAACAGGCUGGUCAGAACCUUCAGGUUUACAAACACCAACAUCAUCCACAAAGGCCCAGAGUGGACCCUGAUUGCAGUGGUGCUCCUCCAUUUGUUAUCAGAGGUGUCCCCAGUGGUGCGGGAGGCCCUGGAGAGGCCGGCCUCAGUCGAUUACCUCUCUAUUCUGAUGCAGGAGCUCCCACUGCUGGACCGGGACCUGCAGAGCCUGGUCCAGCUACUCAGAACCGCAGAGCUCUGUCCACACGAGCACACAGAGAAACGACAGACAAAUCAAUGAAAGUCUAUUCUUCUUCUGGACAACAUUGUCCCCUAUUAUAAGAACUGCGGGGGAAGGGAGACGUCCAGUUAUCCUUUUUAUUUAUUUUGGUUGCUUUUUCGGUUUUGUUGAUUUUCUAUUUGUUCAUUGAUUGUGUUCUGUUAUUGAGAAUUAAGAGUCAAAUAAUGACUUUCGGGCAAUGUACAGUGCUUGAUGUUGUUGUAGUUCCCUGAAAUGAAGACCGUGUAGGCAUACCGUAUCACUGACAAGGCUAGUUUUCAAACAUAAAUUCUUACACUAGUGCAAGGUUGAGUGAAUCUGAUGCUGUAAAUGUCUAAAUCAAAUCUUUAAAGUUUACAAGCCUCCAAUGUUUAACCCUGUGCCUCUAUACAACCAAAUAAAAUCACACUCAGGUUUUACACUUUGUCUAAAAACGUCAUGUGUUGUCGACUAUGUUGCCUAACUGUAAGAGGAUGGUGCAAUACAAGUGAUGCUGUUUCUCCCAACUUCCUUAACAUGAAGUUUAUGGCAGUGUAAUCUCAUUUGUUCCGAGUGUGUUAACAAAGCGUGUGUCUAAUAUUUGGUUUGGGCCAGGUAGUGCGCACGAAUGGGAAAUGAACGUGAAUAAUAUUAUUAGGAUCAUACAGAUGUAGCCUAGUAGUUCUGAAGCAUUUUGCUUGUAGGCCUUGAGUAAAAUAUGUUCAUUUCGUUGGUGUGAGUUUAUUCAUUUUUUUUCCCUUGCUCAUUUCAAGAAUGUGUUGACACAGAAGGUUUAAACAAUUGACAAUUCCACUGCACCACCUUCAUUCAACUCACUGACAGGCCUACUAUCCAUUUAAGAAUAUAUUUUAGCAUGUUUGGUUUAGAGUGCUGCACUUUAGAACUUAAGCCUUUUUAUGUUUUACAAAUGAUAAGGGGCCAUUAAAAAUGUAUAUUGGAUUUUGUUACAUUAAAAAUUAGUGUGACAGUGUUAUAAUUUAAGCUGGAAUAGAAUGGGCAUUGAUUAAUAUGACAUUUUCACAAAUAGCCUACUAAGCAUGAAAUUGCUGAGUAGUAUUGCAUUUAAUCGUUUUCUUCUGCCAGGGAAAAAAACAAAAGAUUAAGCACAAAUAUAAAUAUGCCUAGUUGGGCAUCACAACCAACACUUCUAAAUCAUGUAUUUUGUGUUGUGUAAAAUGCUAAAGACAAUUUGGCCUAUAACAAUAUUAGUAUUGCAUAAAUGUAUUUUGAAAUUGACAUAAUUGCAUAUACUAUUAAAAUGAAUUCGUUAAUCCUU